AUAAGACCACCUCAGUCUCCCUCACCCCACACAUGCUCUUUGGCCUCUACCUCCAAAGCCAUCGUCUGCCUGGUGUAGCCAUCGCGCAUCCCAUUACCGUAUAACAGUCAAGAAAGCAUCAUUUGCCCCAGCUCACACCGACCAGUUACGAUGUGCGGUAUCCUUGGCUGUGUGAAUCACCCCGAUGCGCCGGCAUACCGGUCCAAAAUGCUUCAACUUUCUCGGUCCAUCCGUCACCGCGGCCCAGACUGGUCGGGCUGCCUUGUUGCGACCGAGGAGGGAGCUUCGCCCAAAGGGUCCAUCCUGUGCCACGAGCGUCUUGCCAUUGUCGGCGUAGACACGGGUGCUCAGCCGCUGGUAUCGAACGAUGGAAAAGUCAUCCUUGCUGUCAAUGGUGAGAUCUAUAACCAUCGCACCCUGCGGAAAAGUCUCAAAAACAAGAGCCCACAAUUCAAGACGCAUUCGGAUUGCGAAGUCAUCCUCCACCUCUACGAAGAGUACGGGCGCACGGCCGACUUUGUCACCAAGCUCGACGGCAUGUUCUCUUUCCUGCUCGUUGACACAUCGGUCAGCCCGCAUCGCGUAAUUUCUGCCAGGGACCCAAUCGGCGUCACGACCCUAUACCAAGGCUGGUCCUACAAGUACCCCGGUGCGGUCUACUUUUCCUCUGAGCUCAAGGCCAUUCACGAAGAGUGCGACCGCGUCCGCUCCUUCCCACCUGGGCAUUACUGGGACAGUGCCAGGCCGGAAGGUGAAGAGACCGUGCGGUACUACAACCCAAAGUGGAUCAACGACGAUGACAAUGGCGCCAGCGUCCCUACGACGUCUGCGGAUCUCACAGCGAUUCGCUUGGCCCUCGAAAAGGCGGUUCGCAAACGUCUCAUGUCCGAGGUGCCAUAUGGCGUGCUGCUCUCAGGUGGUCUUGACAGCAGCUUGAUUGCUAGCAUCGCUGCCAGGGAGACGGAGGUUCUGGCGGAAAAGCAGCACAGGGCGUACGAGGCGAGGAUGGCAGCGAAAAGCCAGGCGCAGUCCAGAGCUGACAUACCGCCUGUGGGCAACAGCGCAGCCAACCGCACAGAUGUUGAUCCCACGAAAGCGCUUGCGCCCGCUGGAGCGGACGGACGAAUGGCUGUCGGCCUUGACGAGGAUGCAGAGGCAGAGGCAGACAGUCUCGCAGCGUGGCCCCGUUUGCACUCCUUUUCCAUCGGCCUUCCUGGCUCGCCCGAUCUCUUGGCUGCUCGUCAAGCCGCCGCGUACCUCGGAACGGUCCAUCACGAGUACACGUUCACAGUCCAAGAGGGCCUCGAUGCGAUACCGGACGUGAUCUACCACCUUGAGACGUACGACGUGACGACUGUCCGCGCCUCAACGCCCAUGUACUUGCUUUCGCGCAAGAUCAAGGCCAUGGGCGUCAAGAUGGUUCUGUCUGGUGAAGGAUCGGACGAGAUCUUUGGUGGCUACCUCUACUUCCAUGCUGCGCCGGAUGCCAAAUCGUUCCACCAGGAGUGCGUCCGACGCGUCAAGAACCUACACACGGCCGACUGCUUGCGCGCCAAUAAGAGCACCAUGGCGUGGGGUCUCGAGGCGCGUGUUCCCUUCCUCGACAAGGAGUUCCUGGACGUCGCCCUGCUCACGCGUGCGGAUGACAAGCAGUUCAGCAAGGGCAGCCUGCAGGAACACGAUGUGGACGGCAAGCCAAGGAUGGAGAAGUAUAUACUGCGCAAGGCGUUCGAUGUCGAUGCGAUGGAGCCCGUUGUCAAUCCCAAGACCGGGGAAAAGUGCAAGCCAAAGGCGUACCUGCCGGACAGCAUCCUCUGGCGUCAGAAGGAGCAAUUCAGCGAUGGCGUUGGCUACAGCUGGAUCGAUGGCAUGAAGGAGUACUCGGAGAAAGCCAUCAGCGACCAGAAAUUCGCGGAGAGGGCAAAGAGGUACCCCGCCGACACGCCUGAUACCAAGGAGGCAUACUGGAUCAGGGAGGUUUUCGAGAGCUACUUCCCCAGUGAAAGUGCGGCUAGAACGUCUGUUCGAUGGGUCCCUCGAGGAGAUUGGGGCUGCUCAUCUGACCCUUCUGGCCGCUCAGUCGCCAUUCACGAUGCGGCAUACAGGGGUGAGGCCUGAGUGCGAGCCUGCUCAGCACAGACACUGUACCACAAUUCAAUGAAUCAUUUUGGAAACCUUG